UGACCGGGAAAUCUUCGCGCCAAAUCCGACCCCUGAUGCCGCGAGUGCGCGCGAAAACGUUCGUCCCCGCCGUUUUUAUAGCUCCAGCUACAACAGCCGCGACGUUUCCUUUUUUCUCACCUAUCUCCCCUCUUCCCUUCCCUUCUGCCAUCCUCUCUCUCUCUCUCUCAUGGCCCCUAAGACCCCCUUCAGGAGGCGGACCAAUGCGCCCUCCAGCUCCAGCCUCUCCUCUGCCGUCCUCGACGCCAUCCGGUGCGAGGAGUGCGGCUCCGGGGAGUCCGCCGACAAGCUCCUCCUCUGUGACAGGUGCGACCGAGGGUUCCACCUCUUCUGCCUCCGCCCCAUUCUCGCAUGUGUCCCCAAGGGCCUCUGGUUCUGCCCCCCUUGCUCCGCCGAAAAGAGGCCCAAGAGGUUUCCGCUAAUCCAGACAAGGAUCAUAGAUUUCUUCCGGAUACAGCGGUCGUCGGGGCUAGAGAAGCUGGAAUGCCGGAAAAGGAAGAAGAGGAGCGGAGGGCUGGUGGUGGCGAAGAAGAAAAGGAAGCUCCUACCUUUCAACCCGAUCGAAGACCCCGAUAGAAGGCUGGAGCAGAUGGCGUCGCUGGCCACGGCCUUGACAGCCACCGGCGCCGUGUUCAGCAACGAGCUCACCUACCGACCGGGCAUGGCGCCGAGGUCGGCCAAUCGCGCGGCCAAUGAGAACGGAGGGAUGCAGGUGCUGUCCAAGGAGGACGUAGAGACGCUGAACCUGUGCAAGCGGAUGAUGGAAAGGGGCGAAUGGCCACCGCUGAUGGUCGUCCACGACCCACUCGAAGGGUUCACAGUGGAGGCGGACAGGUUCAUCCGAGACCUAACCAUCGUGACCGAGUAUGUGGGUGACGUCGAUUACCUCAAGAACAGGGAGCACGACGACGGCGACAGUAUGAUGACUCUGCUCUCGGCGGCGAACGCUGCGAGGAGCCUAGUCAUAUGCCCUGAUCAGAGGAGCAACAUCGCCCGGUUCAUCAACGGCAUCAACAACCACACAAGGGAAGGGAAGAAGAAGCAGAACCUCAAGUGCGUCAGGUUCAGCGUCGACGGGGAGUGCCGAGUUCUGCUGGUCGCGAACAGAGACAUAUCGAGAGGGGAGCGACUUUACUACGACUACAAUGGCAGCGAACAAGAAUACCCAACCGAGCAUUUUGUUUAGGAGUUGACUUAUAUUUGGAGUCCUCAUGAAAUGGUCAAACCAUCAGCCAACGUUUUUGUUUCAAAUGGAGUUCUAAUUGUAAUGAUGGAGACAUUUUGUUUCAAAUGGAGUUGUUCUAAUCUAUGUUAUGGAUAUGAUUUAGG